AAGAAAAUUGAUGAAAAGAAAUUUGUAGAUUGCUUACGAAGAGGUGGUGGUUUUUCGUCACUAACAAAUUUGCGAGGUUUGCCAAGAUAAUCGCACUGUGUUUCAAGGGCAGAGGUUAAGGAAGGAGAUUUUCAUAAAUAUUUAAUCAUACUGGAAAUUUAAUCUAAAAAUAAAGCAUCUGAGGUGGCUUGAAUUAGCCCUCAGACAAGUUAAGUUGAAAGUGAAAUAAAUAAUAACAUAUAUAAAAAGUUGGUUGAGAUCAUCAUAUCGUAUCAAGAUGACUGCUCCUGAAGUACCUCGCACGGAAUUGCAAGAAUUACAACUCAAAUCUGCUCAAGUGGCAGAUGAGUCACUUGAGAGCACCCGUCGAAUGCUUAAUCUGAUGGAAGAAAGCAAAGAAGCUGGAAUCCGGACCUUAGUGGCUUUGGAUGACCAAGGGGAACAAUUGGAUCGCAUUGAAGAAGGAAUGGAUCGCAUUAACGCAGACAUGAGGGAAGCUGAAAAAAAUUUAAGCGGAAUGGAAAAAUGCUGUGGGCUAUGUGUUGUACCAUGGAAAAAAGUUGCGAUCAAAGACGAUAGCGACAGUGCUUGGAAAGCAAACGACGAUGGCAAAAUCGUUAAUAGCCAACCGCAAAGAGUCGUAGACGAACGUGAUCGAAUGGGAGGGGCACCACCCCAAAGUGGAUAUAUACCACGUAUUACUAACGAUGCUCGAGAAGAUGAAAUGGAUGAAAACUUAGGGCAGGUAAACUCUAUGUUAGGAAAUUUGCGUAAUAUGGCUCUAGAUAUGGGAUCGGAAUUGGAAAACCAAAACAAGCAAGUUGAUCGUAUAAACGCUAAGGGUGAUGCAAACAACGUACGAAUGGAUGGAGUAAACAAACGUGCUAACAAUUUGCUCAAAAGUUAAAAAUUUCAAAAGAUUAUCUAAUAGACUAGAGCUAAGUAUAUGUAUAAAGCGCAAAUUGAAAGGCACAAAUACUAAACAUAAACAACAAAAACACGGAUAUUGAUAAAUCUGCUCAGUUCCAGAUGCACGCAACAAAUUGCCCAGUACCGAAAAGACCUACCAUUGCGGUGCAUUUUUACAAUUUACAUGUUACCAGUAACUAUAUACAUAUACGAUAUAUACACUAAAUCGCUGAAAAUACAAAUGACUAAUAUACAAGUGCUGAACUAACUACCCACCAUCUAAGUAACUACUUACAUUAUACACUUAUACAAAACGAUGAAUCAGACAAGAUUGCGGAAAAAUAAAUUCAAUGUCUCAACUAUGUGCAUAUGUAUAUUUAGCACAAGCACCUAUAAUUUAAACUUUUUAUAUUUAGUAAUCGUUUUUGAUGGCGUUCAAAUAACGCGAUUUUAUCUUUUAUAAAAUUAUUAUUUCUAUAACUUUACUCAAUGAAAAUUGUUGAAAUUAUACACGUUGUAGUGGAGCACUUUUUUAGGGCAAUUCGUGCACACCAAUAUGCAUUCAUACACAAACUUACUGCUAGAUUUGCGAGUGACGAAAAACGACUCAACACAGGUGAUUUAAAUACUUGUUUCCGUACUCGAAAGCCUGCUUAUUACUUUAUAUAUGUACUUAUGUACCUACAUUUAAUUCAUAUUAAAAACAACUUGAACUUAGUCUUCAUGUAUUUAUUAUAUUAUUGUAUCCUAGAUAACAAGUUGUCCCCAUAUACAGCAGUGUUCACGAAAAUAGCAGCGCGACGUAUCGAUAAGUUUUGAUAAUUUAAUUUCCAUUGUAUGAUCUUUGCCGCCACGUUUAUCCGAAAAAAAUAUAUUUAUAUAACAGCACCGGAUGACUUCUAUUAAAUCCAUAAAGGAAACACAGAAAAUCUUGGUUUAUCGGUACAAAAGUGGAAAAUCGGGACAUUAAUACGUCCCGACUUUCAAAAAUGAUUCAGAGGUUUACUUCUUUAAAUCGGUACAGUCCCGAUGAAAUCGGUACGAAUGCUAACCGUACAUAUAAAAUAUCCUUUUUUACUGAAGAAAAAGCACAACACCCUCAAAGAAAAAUUUUUCAAAAA